ACCGGCCGCGUCGUCCGCGCCACACGCAGCCCGCGCCCUCGACCAUGCUGCUCUCGCUCCUCGUCCUCGCGGUCCUCGCCGCCGCCGCUGCUCAGAACGAAACGCAACCCCCCAGGCCGCCCGCCCCGCGCCGCGAACAAUUCCGCGUCAUCUACGAAUGGAACUCCAUCGACUUCGAAUGGCGCUCCCCAGAAGACCGCGAAACCUCCCUCAAUACCAACCGAUACAUACCGCAAAACGUCCUAAUAUCUGGCAUAAACUUCUACGGAGAAAACCUGUUCCUGACCCUGCCGAGGAUGCUGGAGGGAGUGCCGGCGACGCUGGCCACGAUCCCGAUGCAGCAGAGCGACACGGCGCCGAAGCUGCGCCCGUUCCCGAGCUGGGAAGCCAACGCCGUUGGAGACUGUUCCGCCCUGCAGUUCGUGCAAAACAUUGAAAUCGACAGGAACGGUGUUAUGUGGAUCUUAGACAACGGCCGCGUCGGCACCCUGACACAGCGCCCGGACCCCAAAUGCCCGCCAUCCCUGGUACUAAUUGACCUAAAAUCAGGAAAAAAUGAAAUGGAACGCAUUCCUUUCCCUGCUGACAUAUUAAACCCUAACUCGACUUAUUUAAAUGACCUCGUCGUUGAUAACCGGGACGGUGAUUAUGCGUACAUCACCGACAACAGUGCCGUCGAUCCAGGCAUAAUUGUUUUCAGGCGUAGCGAUAAAAAGUCGUGGAAAGUUCGCGAUACGAAAUCAAUGAUGUCAGUGCAUGAAGCAACAGCGUUCCGCAUCAACGGAACAAGUGUUAACCUUCCCGUUAAUAUCGACGGAAUCGCUCUGGGACCGCAAUUUAUGACCGCAGACGAUAAAGUAGAUAGGACCGUUUACUACUGUCCUUUGUCAAGUUUCCACUUGUAUGCCAUUAACGCGUCAGUUUUGCGCAAUGAAAACCUCGGUGGUGGCGAUGGCGCCCUCCGCCCCUACGUAGUAGACCUCGGUACGAAGAAUUCGCAGACCGAUGGCAUGAAGAUGGACUCGAAUGGCGUGCUCUUCUUCGGUCUAAUAGGCAACUCGACCAUUGCGGAAUGGAACACAACCGUCGAUUUCCAUGUUGGCCAACGCACGAUCGCCCGCGACCCCAACUACAUCCAGUGGGUGGAUCGGUUCACUUUCGACGACCACGGUAACGUGUACGUAAUAAUUAACCGAUUGUACAACUUCGUUAAGAACCAAGUGUCUCUGGGGGAGGUGAACUAUAGGAUUUUGAAGUCGCACACGGGGUCGAAGAGCUACGUGUUCGCGGAGGACCUGAAGCCGGCCAACGUGCCGGGCGCCGCGGCCGCCCCGUCGCUGGCCGCGUCGCUGCUGCUCCUUGCGCUGGCGCACCUGCUCGCCUAGUCUCCAUCAGUUUUCUCGGUCUCGGCCCAAUCGCGACCCUGACCCUGAAAAUCAGUGUUCAUAACUUAUCCGACGCUUGGACUGAUGCGUAACAUUACCAAAUAUUUAGUUACCUUGACCUCUCGGUCCUCCCAGUGAUAAUGCGCAUGUAGAUACAGCUUUGUAUAUCGUUAGGGUUAUAGGUUGUAAGGUACGUUUGCGGCGACCUUUUCACGCCGUGGGCUACGGAGCUAUGAAGAUGAGUCUCGUUUUCCGCCGGUGUAUGCAAAAGGUCGAGGACGUUCUGCCAAAUGCCGCGCCUCAUGCAAUAAUAUAAACAUUCCAACUCGAAUUUGAGGUGCAUCUGAGCUAAAAUAUUUAUAAAUUUACAUGUAGCUAUAGCUAAUAAGACUUAAAUUGAAUGUAAGUAAGGUUAUAAAGAGGUAGAGUUUUUACAUUUCACUUCAACUGAAUUUGAUUCUAGUAAACGUCUUAUUCCAUCAUUUAAAAAAGCUAUUUCAUAUUUGUUUACCUAUUGUAGCCAAUUCUGUGCCAUUUUAUUCGUCGGUUAAGGGUAGUAUUGAAUACAAAAGCCACAAGUAGCUUAACCGUUUUGGAAUAAUAAUAUUACAGUAUAAAUAAAAAACUCUACCUAUUUUAAAUAAAAUUAUCUUGUUUCCAGUGAAAUGAAUUGCGAGGUGAAUGCCAGUGGGAAAGUCGGUCUCAUAAUAAAUAAUUUAGAUAACUUAAUUACGAAAGGGUAGAUUAGGUUACCAGAUGUAUUUAAAUUAAAAUGUAACAUACAUAUUGUAACUAAAUUGUAUGGGUGUUAUUUGAACGUGACUGUGAGUGUAUUUUAAAUAAACGUGUUUAUCAUA